CCCUCCAUCGCGAUCGCUAAAAAUUGACGUGAUGGAAGUCACACGCACACCACCGCAAUUGCACUUUUACUCUCCGCAAGUCGCUUUGUUGCUAUUUUCGCGUGGCUCCCUUUUGAACUUUGCCAAACAGAAUAUUAGCAACAAAAUGUGAUAUUAUCGCAUCUUGUUUUGCUCACGCGUUUUCCGCUUUUCGCAACGGUUGUGUACGUUGUGCGUUGAUGGUGCCAUUUCCAAUUUGUAUCUUUCGUUCGAUUUGGCGACUUUGAUUUCAGUCGCCAAUCGUCAAUCGCUGCGCCGGGUUCUCUUCUCCAACAGUUUGAAUUCGAACGUGGGUGUGCGAGUGUGUGUGCGUGAGAGAGCGGGUUCAAUCAACUGCAGUUUGCAAGUCGAGCACAUUCCCCGCCCCUCCCCCAACAAGAAACGCCACAUUUAUGCAAUUAAUGCAUAUUAAACUUAUAAAGUGAACGGAAUUUUUGUUUGGCAAAAACAACUACGUAACAGCCAUGUUCUAGUGUGCGUGUGCGAGGCAGAGAGCUAGGGAGAGAGAGAGAAAAAAGAGAGAGUGAUAAGUGAGCGCUUUUGUAACGGAACACAGAAGCCGUAGUUGAAUUCCAGUGACGUUGGAAGAAACAACUGCAAAAGGCAAAAACAAAGACAAUGUUUAUAAGCUGUAUAUUCCGCUUUGAUUGAUAUAAAUGAAUAUAUGCAGUGCGCCAGUUAUACAACUGCCCUGCAAAAGUCACUCAUUAAAUAAAAAAACGCCCGAGAUGAAUUUCACAGCGUCGGCAACAAGUGCAAUAAUAGUAAAAAAUCAAAAGCCAAACAACAAAAUCUCUCCCAAAAAAACGGAGAAGCGUGUCGCGGUGCCAAAAAGAAAACAAAAAUAGAAAAAUACACAACAAAAUAAUACGGAGAAACGUUAAUUAUAACGAGCCACAAAAUCGCAUAAAGAAAUCAACAAGUGUGUGUCUGCCUUUUUUUUCCCCUAUUCGCUUUCAUUCAUGCGGUCAACUCAACAAUAACAACUCGAAAAAGCAACAACAACAGCAGCAGCAGUCGCUGAUAAAAGCCCUGCAGCUGAAACAACAACAAAACAACAAAGAUAGUUAGAAAGAACAUCGUCUGGCCAUUGAGCUUUAAUUGCCGGGCAUUACUUUAUGACUAUGUGAUUGGAUCUGCACGACCCACUUGUAAAUAAAAAGUAACCAGUAGACGAUGAAGCAUCCGCAGGAUCUGAGUGUCACGGAUGGCCAGCAGCUAAUGAAGGUGAACAAGGUGGAGAAGAUGGAGCAGGAGGUGCACGACCCCGAAUCGGAGAGCCACAUAAUGCACGCGGAUGCCCUGGCCUCUGCCUAUCCGGCUGCCUCGCAGCCCCACAGUCCGAUCGGCCACGCCCUCAGCCCCAAUGGCGGUGGGCUGGGGUUGAGCAACAGUAGCAACCAGAGCAGCGAGAACUUUGCGCUCUGCAACGGAAACGGAAAUGCGGGCAGCGCAGGAGGCGGAAGUGCCAGCAGUGGCAGCAACAACAACAACAGCAUGUUCUCGCCCAACAACAACCUGAGCGGAAGCGGAAGUGGGGCCAGCAGCAGUCAGCAGCAAUUGCAGCAGCAGCAACAACAGCAAUCACCGACAGUCUGCGCCAUUUGUGGAGAUCGGGCGACGGGGAAACACUAUGGGGCCUCCAGCUGCGACGGUUGCAAAGGAUUCUUCAGGAGGAGUGUCAGGAAAAAUCAUCAGUACACUUGCAGAUUUGCGCGCAACUGCGUUGUGGACAAGGACAAGCGGAAUCAGUGCCGCUACUGCCGGCUGAGGAAGUGCUUCAAGGCGGGCAUGAAGAAGGAGGCGGUGCAAAACGAGCGGGAUCGCAUUAGCUGCCGCCGCACCUCCAAUGACGACCCGGAUCCGGGCAAUGGGCUGUCUGUGAUCUCCUUGGUGAAGGCGGAGAAUGAGUCGCGCCAGUCGAAGGCAGGCGCCGCCAUGGAGCCAAACAUUAACGAGGACCUCUCCAACAAGCAGUUCGCGAGUAUCAACGAUGUCUGCGAGUCGAUGAAGCAGCAGCUGCUGACCCUGGUGGAGUGGGCCAAGCAGAUUCCGGCCUUUAACGAGCUGCAGCUGGAUGACCAGGUGGCCCUGCUACGCGCCCAUGCUGGCGAGCAUUUGCUCCUCGGCCUGUCUCGUCGUUCGAUGCACUUGAAGGAUGUUCUCCUGCUGAGCAACAACUGUGUGAUCACGAGGCACUGUCCAGAUCCCCUUGUGUCGCCGAAUUUGGACAUCUCGCGGAUCGGCGCCCGCAUCAUCGAUGAACUGGUGACGGUCAUGAAGGAUGUGGGUAUCGAUGACACUGAAUUCGCUUGCAUCAAGGCCCUAGUCUUCUUCGAUCCCAAUGCCAAGGGUCUUAAUGAACCGCAUCGCAUCAAAUCGCUUCGGCAUCAGAUACUCAAUAAUCUCGAGGACUACAUAUCAGAUCGGCAAUACGAGUCGCGCGGUCGCUUUGGCGAGAUCCUGCUCAUACUGCCGGUUCUGCAGUCUAUUACCUGGCAGAUGAUCGAGCAGAUCCAGUUUGCCAAGAUAUUUGGAGUGGCCCACAUUGAUUCAUUACUGCAGGAAAUGUUGUUGGGAGGAGAGUUGGCUGACAAUCCUCUGCCGCUUUCGCCGCCAAAUCAGUCGAAUGACUACCAGAGUCCCACCCACACAGGCAACAUGGAGGGCGGUAGUCAAGUUAACUCCUCUCUGGACUCGCUGGCCACGUCUGGUGGUCCUGGCUCGCAUAGUCUGGACCUGGAGGUGCAGCACAUCCAGGCUCUUAUCGAGGCGAACAGUGCGGAUGAUUCCUUCCGGGCCUACGCGGCCAGCACUGCAGCGGCAGCCGCUGCGGCCGUCUCGUCCUCCUCCUCUGCACCCGCAUCCGUAGCUCCAGCCUCGAUCUCUCCUCCGCUCAACAGCCCCAAGUCACAACAUCAGCAUCAGCAACAUGCGACGCAUCAGCAACAACAGGAGAGCUCCUACUUGGACAUGCCCGUAAAGCACUACAAUGGCAGUCGGUCCGGACCGCUGCCAACACAGCACAGUCCCCAGAGGAUGCAUCCCUACCAAAGAGCGGUAGCCUCGCCGGCCGAAGUGUCCAGCGGUGGUGGCGGAUUGGGUCUGCGCAAUCCUGCUGAUAUUACGCUCAACGAGUACAACCGAAGCGAGGGCAGCAGCGCCGAGGAGCUACUGCUACGAACUCCACUGAAGAUCCGGGCUCCCGAGCUGCUAACCGCACCCGCUGGUUACGGAAUAGAACCCUGUCGCAUGACACUUAAACAGGAGCCAGAGACUGGUUACUAGAAGAAUAACGAACGGUGCAAUAUGCAGUUUGCAAUAGGACACCCCUUAAGCACACAACCCACACACAUACAGGCCCUCUCUUGCUGUACUCCCCACCAAGUGCUAUAUAGAGAUGAAAUUGAAAUGAAGAACUUACUUAAUUGUUAUGCCUUGAACCAUUUUGAUACUUUUUAUUAGUCCUAAGUAGGUAUUUUGGAAAUUGUUGCUUAAUUUUUAAUGUUUAACGCAGUUGCAAUAUAUUUUUGGAGUCAUAUUUUGCUCAAGAAGUUUAUUAUAUACAAUUAUACUAUAUAUACACCAUUUAGCAUGUACUGAGUUUGUUGGUUAUUUGGUUAUCUUAUACUUGUGCGUGGAUCACAAAAUAUUCAUAUAGGCCAUGCAAUAUAUUGUUUUAGGUUAGGGUGUUGUCUAGAUUAUGCUGAAAGUGUAAUAUAUAUUUAAUUUUAAACAAAGAACUAUUUUUAUAUGAAUAUGUAUAAUAUACAAACUAUUUCUAAGAUGGCUGAAUGAAUAAACAAAAUCAAAAUAUA